UCCAAAUCCAGACAAUGGAACCGAUCCAGUUCUCCUAUCAAAAGUCUUAUUGACAACUGCUACAUAUGUUUAUGUGUCGUUCUAUGCGCUCCCCUGCUUCUUCUUCUUGGAUGUCGUCGUCCCAAGGAAAUUAGCAGAGACCAGGUGGUCCAAUGGCUACGCGACACCUCGCUCUCUCUUUCUCUCUCUAAAAUCUUGUAGCCGCUCAUAGACUCAAUUGAAAAUCCCCACAUCCUCGGCUCUCUCUGUCCAUGGGUUCAAUCUUGAAAAUCAGUAUUUCUUCAAUCCUAUCUUGGAUCCCCUUAUACUCCUCUGCUGUUUCCCAAAAAACAGAGUCCAUUAUCAUUAAAUUCCCAAUUUCAAACUAGGGAUUAGCCUUUUUCAUUCAAAAUCUCAAGUGGGUUUUCCCAAAAACAUCUGAUAAAUCAUAAUCUCACGAAUUUAAUAGGAGUAUUCAAAUUCAUACGAAAACAGAGUCCAAAACAUCCACAUCUCAAUCUCAAUCUAGGAAUUAGCCUUUCUCCAUUCAUAAAUUCCAAGGUGGUAAUCUCCAAAACAUCUAACAAACCAUUCUAUUUUCCCAUCAAACCCGCUCUCAUUCUUAAUUCUUGCUCAUCGCUCGGCUCUCAGUCCUUGCAAUCACGGAUUUUAGUAGUUUGAAAUAUUUUCAAAAGGCGCUUCCACUCACGCUCGCGCUCAGGUACACGGGCGUGGCUAAUAGUAGCUCAAAUCCAAACAAAACUGAGAUAGAAACAUCAUAAUCACAGACCCAAUGGAGGAGAGGCAAGUACUGUUCGGCAAGUACGAGAUGGGCAGAUUCCUAGGAAAAGGGACAUUCGCCAAGGUCUACUACGGCAAACAGCUCAACUCCAACGACAGCGUAGCGAUCAAGGUGAUCUCCAAGGACCAGGUGAAGAAAGAAGGCAUGAUGGACCAAAUCCAGCGCGAGAUCUCGGUCAUGCGCCUCGUUCGCCACCCGAACGUGGUCGAGAUCAAGGAAGUGAUGGCGACGAAGACGAAGAUCUACUUCGUCAUGGAGUACGUGAAGGGCGGGGAGCUGUUCGCCAAGGUGGCGAGGGGGAGGUUGAGGGAGGAUUCGGCGAGGAAGUACUUCCAGCAGUUGAUUGCCGCGGUGGAUUAUUGUCACAGCAGGGGGGUGAGUCACAGGGAUCUGAAGCCGGAGAACUUGUUGCUGGAUGAGAAUGGCGACUUGAAGGUGUCGGAUUUCGGGUUGUCGGCGCUGCCGGAGCAGCAGAGGAUCGACGGGCUGCUGCACACGCAGUGUGGGACGCCGGCGUAUGUUGCGCCGGAGGUGCUGAGAAAGAAAGGAUACGACGGUGCCAAGGCGGACAUAUGGUCAUGUGGAGUGGUUCUCUUCGUUCUGGUUGCUGGGUUUUUACCGUUCCAGGACGAGAACGUCAUGAACAUGUACAAGAAGGUUUUCAAGGCGGAGUUUGACUUCCCCCCAUGGAUUUCCCCUGACGCGCGGCGGCUCAUUUCCAAGCUCCUCGUCGCCGACCCGCACCGCCGGAUCUCCAUUCCCGCCAUCAUGCGAGUGCCCUGGUUCCGAAAAAACUUCGCCCGAUCAAAUUCCUUCCAGAUUCGAGAAAAUGAAGAAGCUUCCAGCUUUCAAGACGCAGAUCUAGCAGCCAACAACCCGAAGCAAUCCGGAUCCAGUGGGAUACUGAAGAAAUCGAUAUCCUCCCCUGCUUUCUUCAACGCGUUCGAGUUCAUUUCCUCCAUGUCGUCUGGGUUCGACCUCUCGAGCUUGUUCGAGACCAAGAGGAAAACGGGGUCCAUGUUCACGUCGAGGCAUUCGGCGGCCGCGAUAGUGGAGAAGAUUGAGGCGGCAGCGGAGGGGUUGGGAUUCGGAGUUGCCAAGGAGAAGGACUUUAAGCUGAGGCUCGAAGGGGCAGCGGAGGGCCGGAAAGGGAAGCUGUCGGUGGCGGCGGAGGUUUACGAGGUGGCGGCGGAGGUGGCGGUCGUGCAGUUCUCGAAGUCCGCCGGGGACACCCUCGAGUACGUGAAGUUCUUUGAAGAGGACGUUAGGCCUGCGCUGAAAGACAUUGUUUGGACUUGGCAGGGUGACAGUAGUUGUAACGGUAACGGUGUAGUUAACGGAGGAGAACCACCAAAUAGCUAACCCUUGAUGGGGUUGACUUUUUGGUUUCUUUUGUUUUCUCUUUGAUGUGACUUUGAUUUCCAGUUUCUUCUAUAUAGUUCUAAAAAAUUACGAAUACUAAAAAGUGUAAAUUACUUUCUACUUAUGAAUGAGAUAUGCAAAUUAUGAGAAA